UGGAAGACAGUAGAGAUAGAGCACAUAGCACAUAAAACUUUAGCGUGUCUGAAAUUUUUGUUCUUAGUUAUGUUGUUGACGAUAAGUAUUUGGUUGUUUGCAAUUUCUCCAGCUUUCUUUGCUCCAAUCAAGGAACCCUGUACAACAGGAAGUAACAAACUGCUACUAAUCUCUUUUGACGGAUUCAGAUGGGAUUAUGAUCGAGAUGUGGACACACCAAAUCUCAACAAGAUGGCUCAAGAUGGUGUAAAAGCUACUUAUGUCAUCCCACCCUACAUAACAAUCACUAGCCCAAGUCACUUCACUCUGCUUACAGGACGUUACAUCGAGAAUCAUGGUGUGAUUCACAAUAUAUGGUUCAACACCACCACUCAGGAAAAGAAGCAAUAUUACAGAGCACAGUUUGUUGAUGACUAUUGGGACAAUGGCAGUCUACCGAUUUGGAUUACAGCUCAAAGACAGGGACUGAAAACGGGCUCCUUGCAUUUUCCGGGUACAGCUGCCACAUAUCAGAAUGAAAGAGUGCAAGUGUGUGAGGUGGAAUCUGAAUUUUAUGACUAUAGCAAUGAGACAGAUUGGAGGGUAAAUGUGGAUAAAGUGAUGAGUGAUUGGUUCAAAACACAAGAUCUGGAUUUUGUCUCAUUAUAUUUCGGUGAACCAGACCAGACAGGCCAUAAAUAUGGGCCUGAUUCUCCAGAACGGCGUGAUGCAGUCAGGAAAGUGGACCGCACCAUUGGCUAUAUACGUGACACUGCGCAAAAACAUGGUCUUUCUGACCAGCUGAACAUAAUCAUCACUGCUGAUCAUGGUAUGACUACCGUACUGAAAGGGGAUGGAAUAAAAAAGAUUAUUCUCUCCCAAAUCCCUGGCUUUUCAUUUCGAGAUAUUGCAUUCCAGUUGUUGGACUAUGGCCCUAAUGGGUUGCUAUUGCCUAAAGAGGGCAUGCUUGAGAAGGUUUAUCGUGUCCUCAAGGGUGCCCAUCCUAACCUCCAUGUCUAUAAAAAGGAAGACAUGCCUGCUCGUCUUCAUUAUGCAAAUCAUCCACGUAUUUUACCCCUUGUUCUCUAUGCUGACCCAGGAUAUGUAAUCAGUGGGAUACUCCCAGUUCAGACUAAUAAAGGAGAACAUGGAUUUGAUAAUCAAGCCUUAGACAUGAAGGCUUUCUUCAGGGCAGUGGGACCUGACUUCCACAAGAAUCUGGUGGUGGGACCAUUUGAGACAGUUAAUGUUUAUCCCUUAAUGUGUCAUCUUCUGGGAAUAAAACAUGAGGUCAAUGAUGGAUCUCUUGAUAACACCAGACAUCUUCUAGUCUCUGGUGGGCAACAGUGUAGCAGCAAAGAUUCAGACCAAAUGAGCAUUAUCAUUGGCCUAGCUGCAGUGGCUGGAUUUCUGGUAGUUGUCUUCAUCAUAGUUUCAUCUUUAAAUGUCUUCAAGCGGCAUAGAACAAAUACAAGGAAUCAUCAGAAAAAUAAACAUGAAGACAAAACUGAUUUAAAGCUAACAACAAUGUGAUUAAUAUUAACUUAAUUAAGAAUGUGUUAAAACAUUUUUUUUUUUUCAUUUUUCACAGGAAAAUAGGAUGACAUGUCACAUGCUAACUAUUUGAUUGGAAAACUGAUGUUGUCAUUUGCAGUAAAUGGGAUUUUAAUAUA